UCUGAAUCCACUGGCUUUUAUACACUAGGUGCACUUGAGACAAGCUAGAAAAGAGCUUUGCACUAAGACCUGCCACUUUCUGCUGAUCCAACCAGCUUCUGAAAGGUUGAAGCCAAGGAGUUUCUAAUGAACUGCAGUACUGACAGGGCAACCUAAGGCAUAGAGGAGGAAAACCAAGCAUAACCAGCUCUUUUUGUCAUUUUUUCGUAUUUCACAGCAAGGCAAAGGAUUUAAAUUUUUCUUAUUCAUCCAUUCCCCCCUCCCCCUUCUAAAGUACACUAUAACUGUAGGAACAUGGCAGAGAAGAGGCAGGUGUCUCUGACCCAGGCCUUCACCCUGGUGUUGGUUCUUCUCACCUCAGUUACUUCAGCAGAGGAAUACGACUAUUACAGCUGGCAAUCGGACAAUUUCCACAAUGGCCGGUUUUAUGCCAAGCAACCGCAGUGUGUGGAUAUCCCAGCUGACCUGCGGCUCUGCUACAAUGUGGGCUACAAAAAGAUGAGGCUACCAAACCUGUUGGACCAUGAGACCAUGCCCGAGGUCAAGCAGCAAGCGGGCAGCUGGGUGCCCCUCUUGGCAAAGCAAUGCCAUGCUGACACGCAGGUGUUCCUGUGUUCCCUGUUUGCUCCGGUCUGCCUGGAUCGGCCCAUCUACCCCUGUCGCUCUCUGUGUGAGGCUGUGCGGGACAGCUGUGCCCCAGUUAUGGAGACCUACGGCUUCCCCUGGCCAGAGAUGCUACAGUGCGAGAAGUUCCCCAUCGACAAUGACCUGUGUAUUCCCAUGCAAUUCUCAGCAGGGCACGCCACUCAAACUCCAGUUUCAAAAGUGUGUCCACCUUGUGACAACGAGCUGAAAGCUGACACCAUAAUGGAGCACUACUGCGCCAGUGACUUUGCCCUCAAGAUGAAGAUCAAAGAGGUGAAAAAGGAAAAAGGCGACCGCAAGCUCAUCGCAGCACAAAAAAAGAAGAAGGUUCUGAAGAUGGGUGUUCUGAGGAAGAAAGACUUAAAGAAGCUCACGCUAUACAUCAAGAACGGAGCAAACUGUCCCUGCUCGCAGCUGGACAAUCUCGGGAGCAGCUUCCUCAUCAUAGGACGCAAAGUGGACCAACAGUUACUGCUCAUGUCCAUCCACAAAUGGGACAAGAAGAGCAAGGAGCUCAAGUUUGCCAUCAAAUACAUGAAGUCUCAUCAGUGUCCCACCUAUCACACUGUCUUCCAGUGAUCAGUGACACUUUUCUCAAUAGUGGACCCUGAAUCUACCCAUAACUGUUCCAGAGAGUCCAUUCCUAAUUCCAACCAUUAGUACACACAGAUUUUAUUACUCAAUAAGUGGCUUUUGGAAACUGCUUAGGACUUAAUUCAUCAGCAAGUUCAGCCAGAGCUACAUUCUGUUGGCAGUUAUCUACAUAAAAUGAAUUCUUUGUGAAGAAAUCAGCACACUUAAGAUGCUUGUGCAUAUUUUAGUGAAUGUUUCCUAAAGACUAUUAAGAAAGACAUUUGUAAAGGUAAAACGACCCCUUCAAUCAGUGUGAGAAAAAUCAAUGCCAAAGCGAACAAGAGCACUCAGUUAUUGAGCAAAUGUUUGAUUUCAAUGGCCAGAUUCCACUUAAACUAAUGAAACAAAAACAUGCAUAGUGCCAACUGGUUUUUAUUUGUAUCUUUUAUUUUGUAGAUAAGGAAUACAAAGUUUUUAUUAUAUUCAGUGAAGAUACAAUUAGCAUGAGUCUAGAAUGUGACACAUUGUGGGUUGAAUCUUGGGAGGUAAGAACUUUGAUGGUUUGAAAAUGUCCUUGACUUUUGGUCAGGACAGCGGCCCAAAUAUGUCAACCGCAGCCCUGUGAGCAAGUCUGGGCCAUUUCUCUGCUUUAAGAGAGCAUGUCAUGCCAGCCAAGCUUAUAAGACUCUGGACUCAUUCAAGCAAGUUUGGUUGGUGAGGUUUUUAGUCCUUCUUAUGCUUUUUAAACAGUUUGCAACAUUCUUCUUCUUCUUCUUUUUUUUUUUUUUUUUUUUUUUUUUUGUACUAGAAUGAUUAUCUAUUGCUAUAAAUAUACAUACAUGGUAUGGAAAAAUCCUUCCAACAUUGCAUCUGAGUUCACUGUAAUAAAAUUUAAAAUCUAAAUGUGCUACUUCUGUUUAAUCUGAGAUUGGGAAAACAUUAAGUUAUGAUCUAAUUGU